UGUAACUUUAGUUUUGUUAAAGAUUUGUAAAAAAUUAUUGCUAUGCAAUUAAGUGAGGCUAGUAUAUAAUAUUAAUAUAAUUAAUACUUUAUAAAAGUGUGAAAAGUACCGAAAAUGCAUAAACAACAUAAAACUAAUAAAAGAAGAUAAGUUCGUUUGAAAGUGUAAAUGAUGUCAAACUAGACUAGCAGAGAGUGAUACCGUAUUUAGUAACCGUCAUACUGCAAACCUCAUAAUGGUGGAUCCAUUUCUUGCGACGAAUUACAAUGUUUUAGAAGUAAUCUUCUCUUAUUUGGAUUUACGUGAUUUGAGAAAUUGCGCUUUGGUUUGCUGGAAUUGGUACCAUUUUCUGAAUGAUGAAAGCUCAGAAGUAUGGCGAAUGCAUUGUUUGCGAAAGUUACCACAAGAGGCUCUAAAAUCAGAUUUGUUGUCUUCAGUUACUACCUAUAAAAAAAGAUUACGCGCUUAUUUUCAUGCCUGGAACCCAAAUGAUUGCUCACGUAAUGUUUAUAUAAAGCCAAAUGGGUUUACUUUGCAUCGCAAUCCCGUUGCACAAAGCACAGACGCGGCACGUGGAAAAAUAGGUUUUCGACAAGGACGGCACUCAUGGGAGGUCAUAUGGGAGGGACCACUUGGCACGGUUGCCGUAAUUGGUAUAUCCACAAAAGAAGCAGCUUUACAAUGUCACGGUUAUGUGGCCUUAUUGGGUUCAGACGAUCAGAGUUGGGGAUGGAAUUUGGUGGAGAAUAUGUUGCUGCACAAUGGUGAUGCGCAAGGAAAUUAUCCCUUGUUAAAUAAUCCACCAAAGUAUCAGGUCGGCGAACGGAUACGCGUCAUACUCGAUUGUGAUGAUAACACGUUAUCUUUCGAAAAAAACAGUGAAUUUUUAGGUGUAGCAUUUAAGGGUUUGCCAGACAAAAAGCUGUAUCCAACGGUGUCCGCGGUAUAUGGGAACACUGAGGUCUCAAUGGUGUAUUUAGGACCACCGUUAGAUGGUUGAAAUUUUUAUUUGUAUUUUUUUCUACAGACAGUAUGGUAAAAAAAUAAUUAGACAUAUAUAAACUCUAUGUAAAAGAAAUACGUUUUCACACAAGAAGAGGCAAUGAUUUUAAAAGCAUAA